AUGAACAUGACCGAAAUCCCAGUACCGGUGCAUGCACCAAAGCAACAGCCCGAAUCAAACGCUUCCAUUGAAAUUCCCGAGCCAGAGACCCUUGCGCAAUUAGAGCAACUCCUGAACAGAUAUCGGACUGUAUUUCAGGAGCCCGAGAGAAAUCGUGUUGAAAUUAACGCGCUGGAGCGUGUUUUUAGCUCUAUCUCCCAGCAGCAGGACGAAUAUGUGAGCAAACUUGGUGAACUGAGGCAAGCUAUGGAGCGGGAGGCAACAUAUGACGCAAAAGUCUUUCAAAACCAACUCAUUGCUCUGCAGUUGUUGAGCCGGGAUCUUGAUUUACCAGAUGGAUUACUGGUAGAUCCUGCUGUGGUCGAGAGAAGUGAUGAUGAAACUCAAAGCGUCGAAUUUAUGAAACUGGAGCCAUUGAAGCUCUCUCUAAAUUUUGAAGAAAACGCCAAAAACUUUGGGCUUAGCGAUAAGUUUUAUAACUUCGAGGUUACUCGAGGCAAGAAGAACCUCGGCUCUCCCUAUAUCGAGUCUGCAAUAGUCUCUCGAAUUGCAGAGCGAAUCGCGGAGCUCGAAAGAUUGCCUGCCAACCUUGGAACAUAUUCUCUGGCUGACAGUUUGCAGUUCACGGCUAAGGAUGACGUUCCUUCUGGUGUUGACGAACUGAAGCUUAGAGCGCUUGUAGAACUGAAGGCUUUGAAGCUUCUUACAAAGCAAAAGUCUUUGAGACAAAAGCUUAUCGUGAAUGUUACAAGCCAGGCUCACCACAAUGUCCCCUGCUUGCGCGAUUCACCUUACACUAUGGCAGCCCAGCGAUCAGUACAGGUAAGAAACAAAGUCAUUGUUCCACAAACUGCUAGGCUUGCCGAGGAACUUGAAAGGCAGCAGUUGCUAGAGAAGCGCAGAAAAGAACGGAAUCUCCAUAUGCACAAGGUAAACAAGAUAAUUGCUCACGUUCAUGAGCAGCAAACCACGCAGUCUACUCAUAGAGAGCGUAGUGCUCAGUUUGGCAGACUCUGUGCCUCAUUGCAUAAUCAAACGGAAAAAGAUGAACAGAAACGAGUUGAGAGAACUGCCAAGCAACGUCUCCAGGCUCUUAAGUCCAAUGAUGAGGAAGCUUACCUUAAAUUAUUGGACCAAACGAAGGACACGAGAAUUACGCAUUUGCUCAGACAAACUAACACUUUUCUGGAUUCUCUGGCUCAAGCAGUUAAGGUUCAACAAAACGAAGCUAAAAUGAGACGCGGUGAAGAAGUGGGCCCCAUGACAGAUGAAGAAAGAGAAAAGAUAGACUAUUACGAAGUCGCGCACACCGUCAAAGAAAAGGUAGACAAACAGCCCUCUAUUUUGAUUGGCGGGACCUUGAAGGAAUAUCAACUGAAAGGUCUUGAGUGGAUGGUCUCAUUGUAUAAUAAUCAUUUGAAUGGUAUUCUAGCAGACGAAAUGGGUCUAGGUAAAACCAUCCAGUCUAUUUCUCUCAUCACCCAUUUGCGCGAAGUCAAGAAUGAGCCAGGGCCAUUUUUAGUCAUAGUGCCAUUAUCAACCAUAACCAAUUGGACUUUGGAAUUCGAAAAGUGGGCACCUGCCCUUACAACUAUUGUUUACAAAGGUACACCAAACCAAAGGAAGUCGAUGCAAUAUCAAAUCAGAUCUGGUAGUUUUGAGGUCCUCCUGACGACGUAUGAGUAUAUCAUCAAAGAUCGGUCUUUGCUGGCAAAACACGACUGGGCCCAUAUGAUCAUCGAUGAAGGUCACAGAAUGAAGAACGCGCAGUCGAAACUGUCCUUUACUCUAACAAGAUACUAUAGAACGAGGAACCGUUUGAUCCUAACGGGUACUCCUUUACAAAAUAACUUACCAGAAUUAUGGGCUCUACUAAAUUUUGUGCUACCGAAAAUUUUCAAUUCUGCGAAAACUUUCGAUGAGUGGUUCAAUACACCUUUUGCCAAUACCGGUGGCCAAGAAAAGUUAGAGUUAACUGAAGAAGAGACCCUUCUUGUCAUCCGAAGAUUGCACAAGGUUUUGAGACCCUUUUUGUUGAGGCGUUUGAAAAAGGAAGUCGAGAAAGACCUUCCUGAUAAAGUGGAAAAGGUUAUCAAAUGUAAACUCUCCGGAUUACAGCACCAACUUUAUCAGCAAAUGCUCAAACAUAAUGCUUUAUUUGUAGGGGCUGGUACCGAAGGAGCCACAAAAGGUGGUAUCAAGGGUUUGAAUAAUAAGAUUAUGCAGCUAAGAAAGAUCUGCAAUCACCCCUUUGUGUUUGACGAAGUAGAAGGCAUUAUCAAUCCAACCAGAAAUAACGGUCCACUGUUAUACCGUGUUGCAGGGAAAUUCGAGCUGCUAGAUAGAAUAUUACCGAAAUUCAAGGCGACUGGCCACAGGAUCCUUAUGUUUUUCCAAAUGACACAAGUUAUGGAUAUUAUGGAAGACUUUCUGCGAAUGAGAAAUCUGAAGUACCUAAGGUUAGAUGGUGCUACCAAAACCGAAGAGCGUACUGGUAUGUUGAAGGACUUUAAUGCUCCGGCUUCAGAAUAUUUCUGUUUUUUACUUUCCACUAGAGCUGGUGGUUUGGGUUUGAACUUGCAGACUGCCGAUACCGUCGUGAUUUUUGAUACAGAUUGGAACCCUCACCAAGAUUUACAGGCCCAGGACAGAGCUCACAGAAUCGGGCAGAAGAAUGAAGUUCGUAUUUUGAGAUUAAUUACCACUGACUCAGUCGAAGAAGUCAUUUUGGAGAGGGCGAUGCAGAAGUUAGACAUAGAUGGCAAAGUUAUUCAAGCCGGUAAGUUCGACAACAAAUCGACUGCGGAAGAGCAAGAGGCAUUUUUACGGAGGCUUUUGGAAAGCGAGACAACCAAGGACGAAGGAGACGAGGCUGAGCUAGAUGACGAGGAGUUGAACGACAUUUUGGCUCGUAGCGAAGAGGAGCGUGUGCUUUUCGAUGAAAUGGAUAGGGAAAGGGAGGCGAAUGAAAUGAAGUCAGCAAAGGCCCAGGGUCUCUCCACCCCUCUCCCAAGGCUAAUCACAUCGGGUGAAUUGCCUGAAGUGUUUACGGAAGAUAUUAGCGAGCACUUGAACGUUGAGCCAACCGCUGUUGGCCGUGUUCGAGAACGUAAAAAAGUGUACUACGACGAUGGACUGACUGAAGAGCAAUGGUUACAGGCUGUGGACGAUGAUGCUGACUCCUUGGAGGAUGCUAUUUCCAGAAAGCGGCAGUUGAGAGAAUCCCGACAUGCCGACAAGAUGCUCAAAGAUAAGUCAGGUGUCGACGAGAUUGGAACUCUGGAGAAUAGUCUAGAACCCACACCGGAUGCAGAGGCGCCCAAGCUUGACGAGAGUCGCGGCACACUUAAACGCAAGGCAGAAGAUAUGGCGCACAAAGAGGAAGAAACAAAUCCAUUAGUUCAAAACCAAGCUGAUGGACUAGAUACUGAGGUUAAGGGAUCGGCACCAAAAAAACAAAAACUGAAAGUGAAGCUUUCCUUGAAGAAGAGGGCCACUGAGCCCACAGAGAAUGGCACAGGGCUUUCAGAAUCCAACGUCCCGGAGCCAGAUGGCAAGUUGAACCAGACAAAGGCUGCUACUCGCCCUAAAACCAAAAAAAAACUCGUGGCUUGCGAAUUUAUUGGUCGCGUCGAGAAAUUGUUCGAGGAAAUGCGCGCGAUUGUAGAUCCUAAUGACGAACAUCCUCGUACCUCCAUUUUCGAGACACUUCCUUCCAAAAAACUCUACCCUGACUACUACGCGCUAAUUAAGAAGCCUGUGGCCUUGGACACUAUCUAUAAACAAUGCAAAAAAGGCCUUUACUCAACGUUUGACGAUGUUUGUGGGGAUUUGGAAGUGAUGUUUGAAAAUGCCCAGUUUUAUAAUGAAGAAGGCUCUUGGAUUUUUAAUGAUGCUGGUGAACUCCGAGCUUUCGUAAAAAACUGGUCUGAGGUGAAUAAAUAG